AUAUAUGGGAACCUUUCACAUUUCUUGUUCCUUCCGAUGUCCUUUUCUCAGUGCGUCGCGAAAUGUUUGUGUACAUAGCAACUAAACUACCGUUAUUUCUGGUCCAAACUGUUGGAAGCAGUCCUUUUUUCAACGAGAAUGUCUCUACAGGCAUCUUCUCAGUCUAUCGGGAUGCAGAAAUGUACUGAUGAGGAAACGUUCUACAUGCACUGCAGAGCUGCCUACCUGACUGUAUUUAGGUCUAGUCUGGCCAGUAUCAGCUCCAAACAUCAGCUAUGCCGUGUUCUCCAGCAGGCAGGCAGAAAUCCAUCCCAGGCAACUCUCAACAAACACUGGACCCCAAGUACCACUAAGCUGAACUUUGAUGAUUUCUGUGAGAUAGUGAAGAAUGAGAGGCCGACAGAGGUGCACGAGUUGAUGAGAGCCUUCAGAAAGAUGGACAUUAAUGGAGAUGGCUAUAUCUCACACAAUGAACUACACAUAGUCCUCACUUCAAGAGGUGAAAAGAUGGCUGCCAAGGAGGUGGAUGCCAUUUUUUCAUUAGCUGAUACCAACAAAGAUGGCAAAUUGGACUAUGCCGAGUUCUGCAGACUGUUGGAGUCCACGGCAGAGCAGUGUCAGAUUGCAGCUCUGGAGAGACUGGAGGCUGAUGCCAAGCUGAAGAGGCAGAACUUUGGCAAUGAGUUAGACAGCCCUCCAAAGAGCUUAGCGUCCACCGCUGUGACUGUCCCCCAGCCACCUCACAAAACCGAGCCGGACAUCACACUGAAGAAAGACAGCAGAUCGUCGUCCCGGCCCUCCUCAGCUCGCAGUAGACGGUCGUCACUGUCUAACGCCAUCACCAUGGCAGCCAGCAACACUAAGAGCGUCAAGCUGGCAGAGCCCACAUCUAUACAGGACUGGCAUCACACCUGUAUGAAGGGCAGUUUCUUCCUUGAGGAGGAUGGAGGCAUCACGUCCCUGCAAUACCGUCUCACCGUCCCCCAGACAGCCACCGUCUACCUCACCAUCAGACCUCUCAACCUUAGCCAGAGACUUGAAAAGCCCUCAUCCUGGAUGUCGGUGGACACAGCUGUCUUUGUGGUGUCAGGAAAAGACACUAAAGAGGACUCCACUUUGGUGUGUUUCACUGAGUCAAGAGACAAAGAGAAGUGUUGCUGGAAGGGGGAGCUGAGUGCUGGUACCUACUGCCUCCUUCCCUUCACCACGAGCUGUAGGCUGAGGAAGAGGACCAGGAAGAGUGUGUCUAAACCUGUCACGCUGGUCAACAGGACUGACACGGGGGAGCUGGACCUCACUAGGGACUUCAGGGGGGCGCUGUCUGAUAUCUUUGAGGUGAUAGACCUGGAUGGGAACGGCCUCCUCAGUCUGGAGGAGUACAACUUCUUUGAGCUCAGGACCAGUGGAGAGAACUGUGAUGAGGAAGCAUGGGCUGUCUGCAAAGAGAACUUUGACACCCGGAAGAACCAGCUCAGUCGUCAGGGCUUCAUGGAGCUCAACCUGAUGGAGGCCAGCGAGAGGGGGGGAGACCCCACAGACCUCUGGGUAACGCUGGAGGCCAUGGGCUACAACCGCAAUCUGGAGAUGGUGGAGGCAUGUCCGUUCCUGAUAGAUGUUUACUGUGAGGAGGGUCAGUGUACUCUGCAGCCGGUCAGUCUGGAGUCAGGCCACAGGAUCCUGAACACAGCCCUGCAGAGGUCCAUCACGGCCAGGUCAGAGGUCAAAACCCUCAGGGGUCAGGAGAACAUCCUGGUCUACACCUACAGAGGAGAACAUAGGAUCUCCACCGUCAUCGCCAACAAGACCAACCAGAAGGUGACGGUGCACGUGAACAACGAGCAGAGUAAGAACUGCAGCAGCAGCAGAGGGAUGAGUGUGUUCGCUGUGGAGGUCCCUGCUAGAACCAAGAUGGUGUGCCAGCAUGUCCUGCCCAUCAACGAGCACCAGGAGUGGACCUACAGCUGUGUGGAGAGCAUUAUACCAUGCCAGUGAAACAGUGAUAAGACAGCAACCCUAAUAUUACCAUGGUACUUUAUAAAACAUACUAAUAGAAAAGGGACAGUGGGCCAACAGCUAUUUAUAGCCAACGGGAAACUGAAUUAAUGAAUAAUAUUAUAUGUAUGUAACAUGUGCCUUUGUGAUAGUGGUGUGUAGUUGUGUUUUUCCAUGGAAUUGUAUGAAAUUAUGUUGAUUUUGAAAAAUCUUUAAUGGAAAUGGAACUAUAAUAGAGAUACUGUAGAUAAUGAUACUGAACUAAUAUUUGCACUGAUUUAUAAUAUUUUUAACACUCAAUUUAUUGUACUGUGACUCCUAUAAUAAUGUGUAUAAUUUUGCAAUAGUACAUCGUUUUAUCACAUGCCUUUAUAUACGAAUAUGAUGUGCAUUGUAACGUGUUUUAACAAGUGUGCUCAAGUGUCAUAUUUACAAACAAUAUGGUAUAUAACAUUAUUACAUUAUUACGUAUGUCUGUCAAAACUAAAAAAAUAAAUCUCAAAUUUAAAAUAAUGGA